AUGUCCACUGCACCGAAUGCGAAGAACAACAUAAGCCUGAAGAAGUCUGUGGGCGAUGUUUGGCCGUUAACGGCGAAGCGAGUGCUUAUGCGUGUCGAUUUCAACGUUCCUAUGCAAAAUGGCCAUAUUACUAACGAUUAUCGAAUCCGUGCGGCGAUUCCAACGAUACGGCGGGUUAUUGAUCAGGGUGGUAUUUGUAUUCUCCUGAGCCAUCUUGGACGGCCCAGAGGCGUUUCAAUGGUUGCGGGUGUGCGAGAUAUAAGACGGCGAUAUCACGAGGCUCAGUUUCACGACAACAAAGGUAAAACAGCGUUUUUUAGUGUUCUACCGGGAGAGGAGAAAGUUAAAAUAUUAGCGAAAUCCAGUGCACGGGAAGAGGCAACGCACAUAUCACCUGAGGUGAAAUCUGGAAAAACAAUGCUGUUUGCGCGCCUUCCUGAGGACGAGAAGAAAUCUUUGCUUAUGCAGUACUUAAACGAAAACAAAGACAGUGCGUUACCGCAGAUGAGUGUUAGUGCAGGCUACGAAGAGCAAUACAGUCUUCGUCCAGUUGCUGUAAGGCUUGCCGAAUUACUCGGCCAACAUGUAUAUUUUGCUCACGACUGCUUGGAUGCCAGAGUAGAGGUUUCGCGGUUAAAGCGUGGAAAUGUUAUGUUACUUGAAAAUGUACGGUUCUACAGCGAAGAAAACGGUGAAAAUGCUGAGGAACGUGAAGCCAUGGCCAAGAUCCUUGCGUCAUAUGGUGAUGUUUACAUCAGUGAUGCUUUUGGUGCAGCUCACCGUGACAGUGCUACCAUGACCGGAAUUCCAAAGAUUUUGGGUCACGGUGCUGCCGGUUAUUUGAUGGAGAAGGAGAUUUCAUACUUCGCUAAGGUACUUGGUAACCCGCCGCGUCCGCUGGUUGCUAUCGUUGGUGGAGCGAAAGUGAGCGAAAAGAUCCAACUUCUGGAUAACAUGUUGCAGCGCAUCGAUUAUCUCUUAAUUGGUGGUGCAAUGGCAUACACAUUUCUGAAGGCUCAGGGUUACAGCAUUGGAAAAUCGAAGUGCGAGGAAAGUAAACUUGAAUUUGCUCGAUCCCUGCUGAAGAAGGCGGAGGACCGCAAGGUGCAGAUUAUUCUUCCAAUUGAUCAUGUUUGCCACACGGAAUUCAAAGCUGUGGAUUCUCCAUUGAUAACUGAGGAUCAAAACAUCCCUGAAGGACAUAUGGCUCUGGAUAUUGGUCCCAAGACUAUUGAAAAAUAUGUUCAGACGAUUGGGAAGUGUAAGAGCGCCAUUUGGAACGGUCCCAUGGGUGUAUUUGAAAUGGUUCCUUAUUCCAAAGGUACAUUUGCAAUUGCGAAAGCCAUGGGUCGAGGAACUCAGAAACGUGGACUCAUGAGUAUCAUCGGUGGUGGUGAGAGUGCGGGUGCGGCUGAACUCUGUGGUGAAGCUGCACGUAUUUCUCAUGUUUCAACUGGUGGUGGUGCGUCUUUGGAACUCCUCGAGGGCAAAACGCUUCCCGGUGUUGCAGUAUUGGAUGAUAAGGAGUAAUGUACAUCAGGCGAAGGGUUUGUUUUUUUUUUUCUCCUGCCCUAUGUUUUUCUGAUGUCGUGGGAGUUUUGAAUACUUUUAGUAUAUCGUUUAUUAUUUGUGAAC